AUGGAUGAUUGGGUCAUGAAGCAUGUUUCUGUGUUCUCAACGGCAGUACUAGCUCUCUGUUACUGCUACUUCAUUUCUUCAAGACUUCCAAAAGGCUUCUUCAGGCUGAUUUCUCUCAUCCCCAUCUUUUACCUCUUCACAAUCCUUCCUCUGUUUCUCCCUUUCCCCUCUGUUUACCUCACUUCAAACUUCGCAUUCUUCUUCACAUGGCUUGCCAAUUUCAAACUCCUGCUCUUUGCUUUCGGACAAGGCCCACUUUCCUCGGCCAGGGCAUCCAACUCCCUUCACAUUUUCAUUGCAUCUGCAUCUCUUCCCAUACGAACAAAGCCCGACAACAAUCCUCCAUCCUCCCAAUUAUCCUCCAAACCAACAAAAAAGUUGCCCAUUUUGAAUAAUUUAGGAGCAGAGGUUCUGGCAUCUGCUAUUCUAAUCGGAGUAUUCAUUCACUACAAAGAAAAAUUCCACCCAAAACUUAUAUUAAUAGGCUAUUGUUGCCUACUUUUCCUAUUGCUAGAUUGCCUCAUGGCUGCCUCAAGUUUUCUGGUCCGAGCUCUGGUGGGGCUGGAGUUAGAACCGCCGUCCGACGAGCCGUACUUAUCAAGCUCCCUCCAGGAAUUCUGGGGAAAGAGGUGGAACCUCACCGUGACAAAUAUACUCCGGGAAACGGUUUACAAGCCGGUCAGAUCAGCGUCGGCGGCGUUAUUGGGAAAAGAGCUGGCCCCACUACCGGCAGUUCUUGCGUCAUUUGUGGUUUCUGGUUUGAUGCACGAGCUUUUGUUGUGGUAUGCGAUCCGUGUGAAGCCCAGUUGGGAACAGAUGUCGUUUUUCGUCUUCCAUGGAAUCUGUGUUGUUUUGGAGUUCGGAAUAAAGAAAGCUCUGAACCGACGGUGGAGUUUGCCGUGGUUCGUAUCGGGGCCGUUGACCGUUGGGUUUGUGGUUUUAACAAGCUUCUGGUUGUUCUUCCCGCCGUGGAUUCGGAACCGUCUUGAUGUUAUAGUGUUAGAAGAGUUCAGAAGUCUUGGAGUGUUUGUUCAUAAUGCCAUAAUGACAUUCCCCAUCUGGUGA